CUGCACAGUACUUGCUCAGUAAACACUUCGAGCUCGACAAGCAAGAGAAUCUCCAGCUCAUGUUUGUGCUAACGACACAUUCCUUGAUGUCAUUUCCAGUCAUAGCAUCUAUCGUUGAAGACCUGAAGAUCUUCAACUCGGAGCUCGGUUGUCUAGGUUGUCGUCCUCGAUCAUAAGUGACAUACUUGGUGUGAUUCUCACGGCUCUAGCCACCCUGGCCAAGUGUGAGACAAGUCCGUAGGGUUAGCUAUUUUGGACUUUGUUUACUGUUGUUGUCAUCUACGUGGGCAGACCAGCCAUGUGUGGAUGGUCAGCCAAACCCCAGAGGGUAGGCCAGUGAAAAAAGUUUUCGAUCAUCAUUUUGGCACUUCUGUUCUCUGCCAUGCUAUCGAAUUGGUAUCACAUGACACUUGUUUUUGGGCCUAUGAUAUCGGGCCUUGCUGUCCCAGAUGGGCCCCCAUUAGGGUCAGCUUUGGUGAAGACGUUUGAUCCUUUGGUGUCUAGGGUGUUCAUGCCUAUAUCUUGUGACUGUGCCCAUGAUCAAAGCUGACCCACAUGACCUCAAUCUCAACACCAAAGUGUCUAGAGCCAAUGCGCUUCUUGUGCUUGUGAUUACUGUGUCCAAGUUUGUCUUCUCGUUGAUACCUCCAAAGCUUAGUAGGAUGCCUUUUAAGGAUGGCUUGGUUAUUGCCUUUAUUAUGUCCUAUAAAGGGGUUGUGGAAAUGGCCUCCUAUGGUAUUGCCAGAGAUAGUAAGGUUAUAGAACUGGAGGUGUACUGUUUUGUGAUGGCAACGGUUUUGGUGACUGCAAUCGUGGUGCCAGUAUCCGUGCGUUACUUAUACAAUCCCAAGAGUAGGGCUGUGCAGAAACGAUUCGAUCCAAUAACAAACCGACCGAUCCAAUGUCAACCGACCGCUAAAAAUUGGAUAUCCAAUUAUGAUUGGAUUGGAUCGGAUGAUAUUUUUAAAAAUCCAAUAUUGGAUCGGUCGGUUCUUGGAUGACAUGUAAAUCCAAUGGAUCCAACCGACCGAUCCAAUCCAAUAAUGAUCCAAUACCAUCCAAUUAAUAUUCAGAUAAAAAAUAUAUUAUAUAUUGAAAUAAUUUUUUUUUUUUUAUAAAAAAAUCAGCCUAAAUAAAGGUUUUAAAAGAUCGGAUGGAUCCGAUCCGAUCCAACGGAUAACCAAUGGAUGGAACCGAACCGAUCCAAUCAUCCAUUGGAUCGGAUCGGAUCGGUUGGUUCAAGAUGAUUGGAUCGGAUCGGUUCCAAAAAUCCAACAUUCAAUUGGAUGAUUGGAUCGGAUCGGAUGGGCUUAAAAACAUUGGAUGUCAUCCAAUGAACACCCCUACCCAAGAGGAAAUACGCAGGCUAUCAAAAGCGAAACAUCAUGCAAUCCGCCACCAACGACUCUGAGCUCCGCAUCGUCGCGUGCAUAAACAGACCGGACAACACCCCAGCCAUCAUCAACCUCCUCGACGUCUCAUGCCCCACAGAGGACAACGCAAUCUACGUUCUCCAUCUCAUCGAGCUCGUCGGCCGAGCCACGCCCGUCUUUAUCUCCCACCAACUUCAGAAGAAAACACUCUCCAAGCGCAUCGUGGACACUCGGAGACUGUCGAGUCCAUGGUGUCAAGACAAGUGACGUACCGCGUUGCUAUGGUGUUCUUGGGCGGUAGCGACGAUAGGGAGGCUGUUACGUUCGCCAAGCGCAUGGCCAUGGACUCGUGCGCAUAACCUUGACCAUCAUCCAUUUUGUGAGCGUGAAUGAGGACCGGGAACUCAAGCAGUGGGAGAAGGUUCUUGAUAAUGAAGUGCUUAAAGAUAUAAUUCAGAGUUAUGAUCGAGAUAGUGAUGUUGGUCAUGGAAAUGUGGGUUAUGUUAAGGAAAUGGUUAAGGAUGGAACUGAAACGGCAAUGACUUUGAGAUCCAUGGCCGAUGAUUUUGAGCUGUUUAUUGUUGGAAGACGAUACAAUCAACACUCUAUACUAACUUCGGGUCUUGAAGAAUGGAGUGAGUUUCCUGAACUUGGUGUUGUGGGAGACUUGCUUUCCUCCACAGAUUUCAUGAGCAAUGCUUCUGUUCUGGUUGUACAAAAGCAAAAACUUAGUAACUAGCUGUGUUUAUAUGAUUCAAGGUCUUGGGGUGAAAUGAUCAUAUUUAAAUUUUGAUAUACAUCGACUACAAAUAAGGUUAAACAACGUGAAAUUGAAAUUAAAAGAAUACAUAUGUAAAACACAGUUAAUUACCUUUUAGUUUGUAGGAUUUAAAUGAAAAUUGGCAUAAAUUGGGGCAAUCCCUACACGGUCUAUCUUGAUUUGUAUUUUAGACUAAAGAAUAACCAUGAAAUAUAAUUGUAAAA